AUGGAAGCGGAGCGGCCCAAGGAAAAGGUGCCUAUUCCAGGCACGGACGGGUGGCUGCGUGUCACUACGACCCACGGAAACGUUUUCUACGCACAGAAAAAGACGAAGCGCUCGGAAUGGACGGUGCCUGAAGAGAUUCGCGAGCAGGUCGAGGCGAUGGAGCCGAAAGAAGAACCGCAGGCGAAGCGCAUGCGUGUCGCGUCGCCCGCGCCGGAGCCUGAAGCGGAAGAGCGCGAGCCGACGCCGCCGCCUGCGCCGGAGCCCGUACCAGCAGCGAUGCCUGCUGCGCCGUCACUCUCGUUCGAAGAGGGGCGUGCUUUGUUUAUGAACAUGCUCACUUCGUUGAAUGGCACCGCGCACGAGGUCAACGCGAUGGCGCCAUGGGACCGCGAGCUGCCCAAGUUUGUGCACAUGCCAGCGUACAGCGCAUUGCCCAGCACACGCGACCGCGAAGAGGUGUUUAAUGAAUGGUGCAAGCUGCGUCUACGGGAAAAGCGUGCUAAGCGUACCGAGCCUGCGCCGCCCAAGGCGCCGGAUGCGGGCGCGGGGCGUGCGCUGCGCUCGCUGCUGAAGAAGAAUGUAGUGUCGACACGCGCGACGUUUGACGACGCCAAGCGCAAGUGGGGCUCGGAUCCUGCUUUUGCGUCCGUCGACGAAAAAGAGGCACGCCAGAUCUUUGACGCGUGGAUCGCCGAACUGAGCGAGAUCAAGCGCACGCUGGCAAAGAAGGCGGAUGCUGCGUUCCUUGCGCUCCUUUCGGAAACGCUGCCGAGCCCAGCCGAGGUGCGGAAACGCGAAGGAGCCGAUGGCGUUCCGGACAAGGCGCAGGCCGCUACGAUCUGGGCGUCGGCAAAGAAGACAAACGGGCUUGUGCAGGACAAGCGGUACGAUGCGGUAGGCAGUGCGACACGGCGUGCCGAGCUCUUUACUCGGUGGAUUCGUGGUGAAAAGGAGGAGGAGAAGGAGGAGGAAAAGCAAGAACCGGCGCCCGUGCCACACGCAGAGCCCCCUGCACCCGUGCCACACGCCGAGCCCCCUGCGACCAAGCGCGACGAUGCCGCAAGGCGCGAGCGUGCGCUGCAGCAGCGCCAGGAGCAAGUACGCCGCGAUAAUGCACGCAUGAAUGAGCGGAAUCGAGCUGCGCGCCACGACGUCGCGGCCGAGCAGCGCGAGAGCGACUUCCGGCAGCUGCUCUUGGAUGCCGUUCGUGAUCCCUGGCUUGCGUGGGACGAUGCGCAGCGUCUCCUGAGCCGUGACGAGCGCUUUGCGCCUCACAACAUGCGCGACGUGCUGAGCGACGAGAUGAAACGUGUCUACUUUGACGAGCACCUCUCGCGCAUCCAAAACAAGCGGCGUGACCAGCUUGCGCGGCUCUUUGCAAAGCAUACGCAAGACGAGCGCGGCAUGGAGCGCCUCGUCGCGGACGAAGACAGCGUGCUUGCACUCGUGCGCCACGACGACGAAUUUGAUAAUGCCGGCCUGAAGCGGUUUGUCGGGGAGGAUGCCGGCGUGCACAAGGUCCCUACGACGACCCUCUCUCACGAGUUCCAGGCGUGGGAUGCAUGGCGGAACGCGCAAGCGCGUUCCGAGUUUACCGAGAUGCUCAAAGAGAAUGCGUUUGUCGAUUUCUGGGGCCGGCUCCGCAAGGAGAAGGAGCAACAUGGCGAUGCACCGAGCGACACGGCCGUACCGGAGGACGAGGACGUGGAUCCCGAAGGCGUGUCUGUCCUGGACAUGGCGUCGCACGUCGAUCUUGCCGAGAUGGAAGCGGUGCUCAAGCAUGACAAACGCUAUCGGAUUUUUGCGCACGUCCCCGAGCAGCGUACCGAGUGGAUCAAGGACCACUUGCGCACGCUCGCGGUGCCGAAGCAGACGAUUCAUCAAUUUCACAUUCGUAACGCGUAG